CGUCACUGGAGCGCCCCAGCGGAAGCGCAGAGUGCGUGGUCUCAGGGUCUUCAUCAUGGUUCCUGGAGUGCCGCUCCCGCCGGAGAUCCAGCUGGCGCAGCGCCUGGCCGGCAAUGAGCAGGUGACGCGGGACCGCGCGGUGCGCAAGCUGCGGAAGUACAUCACGGCCAGGACGCAGCGGACCGCAGGUGGUUUUACUCCAGAUGAGCUGUUGAAGAUCUGGAAAGGGCUGUUUUACUGCAUGUGGAUGCAGGACAAGCCGCUCCAGCAGGAAGAACUAGGAAGGACCAUUUCCCAGCUCAUCCAUGCUUUUCAGACUACAGAGGCACAGCACCUGUUCCUGCGGGCGUUCUGGCAGACCAUGAUCCGAGAGUGGGUGGGCAUCGACCGACUGCGCCUGGACAAGUUCUACAUGCUCAUGAGGAUGGUCCUGAGUGAGUCACUGAAGGCCGUGAAAACCCAAGGAUGGGAAGAAAGACAGAUCGAGCAGCUGCUGGAGCUGCUCACCACCGAGGUACUGAACCCCGACAGCCAGGCCCCCAACGGGGUGAAGAGCCACUUCCUGGAGAUCUUCCUGGAGGAGCUGACCAAAGUGGGCGCUGCAGAGCUCACCGCAGACCAGAAUCUGCAGUUCAUCGAUCCUUUCUGCCAGAUAGCAGCCCACACUAAGGACUCCCUAGUUUUAAAUAAGAUCACUCGGAGCAUCUUUGAGACGAUUGUGGAACAGGCUCCCUUGGCCAUUGAAGACCUAAUGAAUGAACUGGACACACAGAGUGGGGAGGGUGAAGCGUCAGAGGGUGAUGAGGAGUCCUCAGACGGUGAGCAGGAUCUGCAAGGCACACCACCCAAGAGGCUGCCUGCAGGCUCCAGACACAGGGCUGACCCUGAGGCAGACAAGGAGCAGGUGUGGGAUGACGAGGAAAACGCUGGCCCUGUCCUCCAGUUUGACUACGAGGCAGUUGCUAACAGACUCUUCAAGCUUGCCAGUAGACAGAGCACCCCUUCUCAGAACAGGAAGCGCCUCUACAAAGUGAUCCAAAAGUUGCGGGACCUGGCUGGAGGCACUUUCCCUGAUGAUGAGGUCCCUGAAAAGGCCUACAAGAAGCUGCUGGAAGGGAGGCGGGAGCGGAAGAAGAAGAAGAAAAAGAAGCGUUUGCCCACACUGCAGCCACAGAGUAAGACAGGGGAAAGCGAGACAGAAGCCUCAAGUACAGGCCCGAGCCCAGGGAUAAAGAGGAAGAGGAGCAGGAGGGAUGAGAAGGCUGGCCAAAGAGGGCCUCCUGGGAAGAGGAGGAGGCCUGGUGCUAGAGCAAAGGGGGCUGGUGUCCAGCAACCAGCGAGGAAAAGGAAGCGGCCAUUGCAGAGUGAGAAGUGAGGUACACGGCCCAAGCCGGCCAUCCUUGGUGGCACCUGGUUAUUGGGCAGGAUACCCAGGCAUGCUCCUGGAGCCUCUGAAUGCCAGGCUCUGAGCAUCCCCUAGGGCAGGGACAGGAGCAGGAUGAAGAGGGAGGCCCUUUGUCCAGUGCCGGCCUUCAGAGCCACUGCCUGCGUACCAGAAACUUACUCCGAAGACUCAAAAUUUCACCUGGACCCUGUGCAGAGGCCAGAGGAUCUAGAGUUUCAGUCCAGCCUGGGCCCAGAGUUCUCCUUCCCCCAAAAUAAGAAAAAUGAAACCAGAUAACUCCGCCUGUGUGGGUACUGUCACCUCUUCCCUGGGCUGCCCACAAAUAAACUACAGGUCCUCACGGCA